UUAAACGCGAGAAACCUACGAAAAACAACCUUACUGCCUUGAAAUAAAAGCUGUGACAAUUCGUAAUGACGACUUGAAUGUUUGUGAAAGCCUCGUAGCACAAGGAUACAAUUCCUUAGUGGCGGAAUUGAUUAGUUAAAAAAAGACUAUUAUUAAAGGCAUCACACAUCACUUAGAAACGACCAAUUAUCAAGCUAUAGGUAGUAUCCUUGUUACUUUUGAACUCGAUUCCUAUCCAAAUGUGGCGUAUAUUCCAUAAACGGAAUGUGAUUUUACCUCGUAACAAAAGUUUUCCUUAUCGAGUGUAUUUAAAUGGAACGGGAGCAGCGAUAAACGGGGCCCGGCCGGGUCGUUAAUAAACCUGAGCGCAGAUAUGUACCCGUUACACUUCCUCUAGCGUUCCUCGUCACAUGUCACCAAACUAUUUUGUUGAGACACACUGGCACACACACAAUCUGUAUAUGUAUAGGUGUCUAUAUGUAUAGGUACAUACUUUAGACUAUUGUUCCUGAGAAGAAAAUUGAAAUGCUUUAUGGACCUACUUGGUUAUUUUGUAAGGAUGUCCAAGAGAAUGUUCCUCAGAUUAUAAAUAUAGAACUUUGAAAAAAGUUCUUGGCGUCUACCGUGACAUCUAAAGGUGAUAUUGUGGUGGUAGGUUUAAGUAAAUACAUACUUGUUAGUGGUUUCCAGUCAGUGAUUGAAAUAUCCAUUUAUUGUUUCUUGACAUCAGUAGAGGUAGGAAUCAAGGUUCAGUGCCGUCGGACACAUUAAGAAGGAUAUUCCAAUCACUGACUGGACACUACUAACUAGUAUAGUAGAAGCGAAUUUUAGCAAACCAAACAUGAAAUAAAACUAAAUAGGCUGGGGCGCUAAUUUGACGAGAUUUUUUUCAAUUCGUGACGCUACUUUUCUAUAAAAAAGAACUAAUUUUACAGAAUUCAUGCAAUAUUAUUCUAAUUUAUUUAUUUACUGACUAGUUUUUCGAUAAAGUUCCUUUAGAAGCACUUAUGGGGAUGACUUCAGUCAUAUAAGAUUUAUGAAAAAAAAAACAAAAGCAAUAGUCAGAAUAUAGAUAAGAGUCGAUGAAAGACAUGUUCAGCCUUUCUGUACUACUUUUGCCCUACCCUUUACUAGAAUAGGAGUUUAACAUAUGAUGAUGAUAAUUUCACAAACAUUCAAUGUAGCGUAAAUAAGCAGCCAACGAACACCGCAUACCCAGUAGCACAAUCACGCUACAGAAGACAACAGAUUUGAGUCAGCGGAAGUCCUAAAAAGAAAAUUCCUUCGUAAAACAUUACACUUUUCAUUACAUUUCAUAAUGGCGAUGACAACACGUUCAGUUCACCUUUGUUUUCUGUUCCUAAUAAGGUUUUUCGUAAACUCUACAACUCUACCAUCAUAUUGAAUGUCAAAAGUGCUUUGUACCGGCCGCUCGCGCUACAACAAUGUUAUAUGGCCUUCUUUUUUAAUUUUUCUAUGGCACAGUCACCACUGACAAAUAUUGGAAUCUGCAAUCGCCAUCACGCAGUUGGUAAGCUUCCUUGGUGAUCAGAGCUCAAAACUUAUGAGGGGAAGACUGUGCCCGACAUCUAGAGAGAGAUGCUCCAGAUGCUCUCCAUAAUUUUAGCAGCACUCCGGAGAUUGUGUAAAUGAGGGUACUUUACAGUAAAAUCAAUUUACCGUUACUAUAGUUUUAUCCACUGUAUUUAAAUUGCUACACUAUUUCAAUAUUUUUGGCAUCCUUUAGUUUUACAUUAUUAAAUUACCAAAAUAUUUAAAGAGUUGCAUUACUUACUAAAAUAAUAAAACUUAUUUCCACCCCGUUGCAGACAUCGCAGUUGAAUCCGCAGCGGCGCGGGCGCAGUAGCGACGCAGUACCUACAGUCCUUGCAACGUCGUCGUCUACGCAUUAGAAAAAUCGCUAAAAGGGCGCGCGGCGCUAUACGGUCGUCGACCCCUCAGCGCGCACCCAAACACCCGAAUACUUGCGCGUACGCAGCUCCUCUCUCCGCCGCCACCGAUAAAACCCUCUCAAUGGAAUCCGAGGCAUGCCUACAUGUGGCGGCUGAGCACGCGCGCGCACUUAUUUGUUUUGGAGGAUCACACUUACGCCCGCAUCAUGUAACUCGCCGUCAUGACUAAAAUGAAAUGCACGCAUGUAUACAUACCUCUUUCUCUUUCAGUAACAUGCAAUACGACUCUGCUUUGCGAUAUCCGAAAAAUAUUGAGAUGAGAUUUUUUGGUCAUCCUAAGAGCAAGUUCUGCAAACAAUUAAUGUCAAUGCGAAAGCUUUUAGUUAAAAAAAAACUUUUGAUUAAAAACCAAACAAUAGUUUUGGCAACAAUGACUUUAUAACAAAACUUGCAAAUAUUUUGCCAACCUUUUGUCUAUUUAACUUUAUACGUUAGUUUUGAUGCCCAAAACGGUUUAUAUUGUAUCACGUAUCAAAAGUGACUGCAUUUGGAGAUGGGACGGAAACAUUUAUGGGCGAUGUAACGUGAAGAAGCCCAUUCGAGUGAUUUCCAUUCAUUUGUUGACAAUGUAUGGUGGUGGCGCGGUCAGAGGGCGCGGGGUGCCCCGCGUGCAGUCAGCCUCGCGCGCCCGCGCCCCGCGCACGCUGUACGCUGCACCGCGGGCCUAUGCACCGCGCACGCGUUCUACACCCGUUUAAAUUCCGACCAACUUCACACGACAACCCGGCAAACUAAACUCACCUCUAUUUACUACGUGAUAAGGACUACAUCACCAGCAUCUCCGAGCUCCACGAACUGCAUCGACACAGCGCCACCAUCGAUCACUAGGUUCCCUGCACUCACCGAUCGAUGGACUAUUACAGCUUUGUUUACGUACCGUCGCCUGCGCAUAAACACGUAUACUGAAACGCUUUUCAUCGCGGGAAACUCGCCUGAAACAUGUUGCGAAUGGCGAAAGAGGUUGCAACAGCCGCCUGCGCAGACUACAGUCUAGUCGGACACCACUUAAAGAUAUUCAAGUUUGGAAGUGAUGACAGCUUGAAUUUGAGGUACGUUCAUUAUUUAUUAACCAACUUUACAAAAUGAGGAGGCUAUGCUUAUUAGGUUUUAUUGUAAUACAGUUUUCGGUGAUAGUAUUACCUAUUUAGAUGUUUAUAUGACCAAUGAUUUAUUUGGGAAUGGUCCAUGACUAACACGUACGUUUUCAUAAUUCAAUUUCUACAUAAAUAUCUAAGAAAGAUCUAGUAGGAUGCCAUGCAUAUUAAAAGAUGCAUAUGCUAUAUAACCGUGCUAGAGGGCUUUAUCAAGAAAUACAAUAUGUAUUUUUUAUAGAUGAUGCCCUCUUUUACAAAUGCAUGUUAAUCAAAAUAAUAUCUACUACCCCUCUUUUAAUGAACACAAUUCACAAACUAAAUUCAUAUUAAAAAACCUUUAUUGUUUAUUUGAUAUUGGAAACAUUACAUAUUUCACUUUAAUAGAAACUUUACAAAAGAAUUAAGAAGGAAACAAGAGUUCAUACAAACUCAAUAACUCCUCUGUAACUCUGAUUUGCCGCUAGCAAUUGAUUGUUAGAUACUUAAUGGACUCCUUCGUACAACGUAAGAGUCGUGUGAUCGGUUAACGUAUUUGCGUUAUUUAGGAGUGUAAGGUGUGCGCGGGUCACGGGCCCUUAUUGGGGGCAAAGGGAAGUUAUAAAUCUGUCGGCGCUAACAAUGGCGCGAUAACGUGCACCUUGCGCCCGCGCCGAUACUGGCGCAGCCCCCCCCCCCUCUCACCCGGCCUCGUCCACCAAAACACUAUCAACACUGCAGACAGCUAUGGGAAAUACCCUCAUUUACGAAAGUGUUUGUGUAUUAUGCCUUUUCAAAAUGCGUUUGUUAUGCCCUGUAUCGAGUCUGUUCAAUUGUGCCACAAUAUUGUAUUGUCCUCGCAAGCCCCCUAGUGCCAAUGAAAUACCAUAAAUCACACACUUAAAAGCCCAGACUCUGCUAUGAAUUCGUAACAACGGUAACUUAAAUACCGAAACCAAGUGGCUCUCCAAACCAGUUACUCUGUAGGUACCUUACAACAUUUCGUUGGUAGGUAUAGGACCAGGCAACAAUAACCGCCGAAAUGAGGAGAAAAAGAGAGGUUGACGUAACGCCAACCUUAUCGGUCAUUGACCUUCACACCUAAACCGAGCCUCACAUCUCGCUCGGUGUGCGCGUUUACAUGUCGCACACUUAUUCCAAAACUGUCACUAUCCAAAAUUUCGUAAUAUCGAGAUAAUAACGCCAUCAGUUGAUCAAUUUCUAACUAAAAAGAGCCGCAUUGACACUUUCUUAAAAAUGCCAAAAACUACUGCUAGAUGGCAGUAGUCUCUUUUGCCACUAAACAAAAUUCCCCACCCCGCGCAGUGCUAGACUGACGCUUAACACGAAAACACGUGUCGCCCGUACCAGAAUAGACCGUUGUUGAGCGACAAACCGACACUUUGGUCAUUAAGUCAGUUUUUCGGUGCCAUCAUUGGUUUUUUUUAAAAUGCAUCGAAGAGACAAAUUGUUGAAACUCGCUCUGGAUCUUCAGGCAGAAAAUAGCGCAGAACCAUCGACCUCGCAGAAAUCUCGCAGGGUAAGCUGCUCAUCUUCUCAGAGUUCAUCUUCCUCGAGCAGUUCUUCGUCUUCAAGUAGCGCUGCUUCUACAAUUGGCUCCUAUGUUUCGGGGUCAAUAAAAUCUUCAGAUAACAUUUACCGUCCCAUCGCCAAUUCACUAAUACAAAGAAAAGUAUUUGAAUCUUUGCCAAGCACAUCUAAUCUACAAAAACAUGUAACUAAUCAAACUGAAUUACCAAGACAAAGAUCAUUAAGCACCGGUUCUAGGUCUUCUACCCUUUCUUCAAGAGCAGGUGAUUUUUCACCUGACGAUAAUGAUUCUGAUUAUAACCCUGUCCCUGAUAGAAUUAUCGAUGAAAGCUCUGACAACGAGCAAGAAAAUUUAAUAAUAUUACCACCAAAGAAAAAACGGAAGGGUAUUAUAAAUUCUAAAAAGCUAAUAGCUAAACAAUUACGUAAUUCAGGCAAAGAAUACGUUUCUUUAUCAAAAUCAAAAAAAAAUGUGCCCCAGAGAAGCAUGGGACCGCCUUGUUCAGAACGAUGUCGUUUGAAAUGUUUCGAUAAAAUUAAUGAUGGUGACAGAACGAUUAUUUUUGGUUUAUAUUGGGCAAUGGGUUGUGUUACUCGACAACGGGAUUUUAUCAGUAAGAACUUGACUGUUAUCAAACCAAAGUAUAGUUACAAAAAAGAAAAUAGCAAUCGUAAACCAAAGCAUGGUUUCCACCUAACAGUAAAUGGUAAACAAAUACGGGUGUGCAAAAUAUUCUUCAAAAACACUCUGGGGAUUAAUGAUAGACCUAUCAGAACUGUCUUAGAGAAGUUGUGUGAUAGCGGAAUGGUAGAAUCUGACAAAAGAGGCAAACACGGAAAUCAAGUAAAAGUUGUUGAUGAAGUGAUACAGGGUAUAAAAAGUCAUAUUGACUCCAUUCCUCGUAUAGAAAGCCACUACUUAAGAAAACAGACUAGUAGAGAGUACAUCGACGGAGGUAAAAGUUUAUCUGAUUUGUAUAGAGAUUAUAGAAAACUCUGUGAAGAAGAAGGAAAGCCAGCUGGCGAAAUACACACUUAUCGUAAGAUAUUUCACAAAGAUUACAAUAUCAGCUUUUUUAUUCCAAAAAAAGACAUGUGCGAGUUUUGUACAUCUUACGAAAAUAUGAGUCAAAUAGAAAAAGAAACUAACGAGUUGAAGUAUCUAGAACAUCACACAGAAAAAGAACUAAGUCGAAUUGAGAAAAAUGAAGACAAACAAAAGGGGCAAAAAAGUUACGUGGUUGCAUGUUAUGAUUUACAGGCGGUUUUACCGCUUCCUAUGGGUAAGACCUCAAGUUUUUACUACAAAUCAAAGUUAAAUGUAUGUAACUUUACGAUUUGUGAACUUAACAAAGACAACAGUUAUUGUUAUGUUUGGAGUGAAGUAGAUGCUUUGAGAGGAGCCAAUGAAAUUGGCUCAUGCGUCUUAAAGUUUAUUACAGAAAAAUGUCAAACAGUCGAUGACCCGAAUUUGGAAAUUAUAUUUUAUUCUGACAAUUGUUGUGGUCAACAGAAAAAUCAAUUUAUGUUUAGCUUGUACAUGUAUGCUUUAGCUAAUUUGUCAAUUAAGAGCAUUACCCAUAAAUUUUUAAUAUCGGGCCACACUCAAAAUGAAAAUGAUAACGUUCAUUCUGUAAUAGAAAAAUCUGUUAAAAAAUUUCUUAAAUCAUCUCCAAUUUUCGUUCCUGACCAGUACAUUACUUUAAUACAGACGGCUAGAAAACGAGGUAAUUCAUACAAUGUCAACGCUAUGUCAUAUUCCGAUUUUUAUAAUUUAAAAGAUUUUGUUCAGCAAUGUGGCAUUAAGUUUAAUAAAAAUACUGAUGGAGAUGCAGUUAGACUAUCUGAAAUUAAAAUAAUAAAAUUUGUCAAAGAAGAUAACGGAGCAAUAAAAAUAUUUUAUAAGACUUCAUUUACAGAAGAUCAUUUUUAUGAGAUUGAACAAUGUAGACAAACACGGUCUAGGCGCACAAUUAACUGUGUCGGGUUUCCUUUGAAACAACUGAAUAAUGCAAAACUGGAACUAACUUCCAGAAAAAAGAAUGACUUACGAUCAUUAAUUGACAGUAAUUUAAUACCACGCUAUUAUGCUGAAUCGUUUUACCGAAAUAUUUUGUGAUUAUUUUUUCUUUUUUAUAUUAACUUACAGUAAGACAUCCUGUUUUAUUAUGUAAAAGCGAGAGAUGCAAGUCUGAUUAUGUGAAUUAAGAUUAGCCGAGAGAGGCAAGUGUGAUUAUGUGAAUUAAGAUUAGCCGCGAGAUGCAAGCAUGAUAAAUAUUUUUUGUAAGACAUUUUAUGUGAUAUAAGAGUAUCAGUAGCGCGAAGCUUAAGUAUUGUUUUCUUCCCCUUCUGUAAUCAAAGACUGAUUAAAAUGUAGAACAGAAGUUACCUCAUAGAGAGUUUAGACUGAUUGUUUAAUAACAGAUACCUAAU